GUGUUUUGUACCUGUGGCUCAUCUAAAACCUGCAGGACAGCGACUGGAGGACUGGAGAUUUGACGCCCCUGAAGACAUAAAGCCUGUUGCUGUUAAGCAUUUUUGCUUACAUUUCUAAACUUUGUCAACUUUUAUCAUGUUGAUGUCAACUUUAGAGCAACAUGAACUCGUAUAACCCUUAUCAUCCCGGCGUCACAUGAAACCAGUUCGAUGUGAAAACUGUUUCCAGGGGAACGUUUACUGUGCCACACCGAGGACGCGGUCGGAAAAAUGGAUCCUUGCGCGAACAUGGAAGUACGACUGAGUAUGUUGAGAAAAUGAACCAAAAAUUUAGCUAUAAAAAAAUCUCUAUUCCCAUGCAGGCGUUCUGACCUUUGACCCCCAGAAUAUUCUCAGAUUUAAUGACUGGGGCCUUUUUCCCUCCUCAGAUUUUAUUUCAGACAAACAAAAAUAUCAAAUCCCAAGCAGGAGAAAUGAUCCGAGUUGUUCCUCAGACGGACUCAGUGAACCCUUCAGACUGAAACAUGGACGCCGUCUGCUCUCUCCUCUGCUUCGCUAAAAGAUCUGAUUACUUUCUCAGGCGGUGAUGUAAGAUGAAGGCUUCAGUCUUCUGCCCCCUGCUGGUCAUCCUGACAGCUGCGUCCAGCCCUGUGGUUCCACCCUGCAGGUGAACUUGGCCUCCGGUUUGUCACGAUGGCGAAUUAAGAUGGAACAGUUAAAUCCUGGCAGCGCUCAUCUGGAAUCAUGCAACUCAGUUUUCUCCAGAAUUUCCAGGGAAGCAUUCCUCUGAGGUUCUGCUCAUCAUCAUGUGAGCAAACACACUUUUCACUUCUUUUAUCCAGAAACCACAGAUGUGCUGCGGCUGCCAGCAUCCAGCCUCUCUGCCCAGAAACUGCUUGUGAUGUUUCCAACUACAACAAAGUGAAAGCAGAAUCAUCUGGGUGCAGGAGGAAACCUGAUCAACGUCUCUGGGAUUUACAUCCAAAACCUCCUGCAGACAGAACCGACUGAUCAGAGGAGGUGAAGCCGCCAUGACGCCUCGCUACGGAGCCGUCCAAUCAGGACGUUUGGAGCCAUUUCUGUCCAGCCUCAUUAACCGUAGGCGGCCCAGCUGACCGCUGCAGGAUCCCUGGGGGUUCAGAAAGGAGCCUAGGCCCAGAAGCCUGGACCCGCCCAGAAGCCUGGGCCCUGCGCCUCCUUCAUCCUCCUCCUCCUGUGACCCAGUCUCAGUGCUGCAGCUCUGCGCAGGAGGAAAGCAGCUGGUCCUGAUGCAGCAUCACGACUGAAGUGAAACCACCAAGCAUCCAACAUGAAGGGGGCCGUGGUCCUCAUCAUCAUCAUCACCGCCACCGCCGGGUUCUGGGCUGUCUCUGCUCAGCCGACACUUGAAAUUAAAAAAGAACUUUCUGAGUGUGAAAACGCCACAUUGGGGGACAUCGUCUUCCUAGUCGACAGCUCCACUAGCAUCGGCGAGGAAAACUUUAGGAUAGUCCGCACCUUUCUCAGAAAUGUCAUCCAGAACCUCGACAUUGGCCCUGAUAAAGUACGAGUCGGCUUGGCGCUGUACGGAGACCGUCCCCAAAAGGAGUUCCUGCUGAAAGACCACAUGGACAAGACGGCCGUGUUGGACGCAGUGGAGCAAAUUGCUUUCCUUCGCGGUGGCACAAAAACGGGCAAGGCCAUGGACUUCAUCCGGGAGGAAUACUUCACACCUGAAGCCGGGAGCAGAGCCAGGAAGCAUGUUCCUCAGAUCGCUGUGCUCUUGACUGAUGGAAACUCCAACGACGAUGUGUCCUUACCUGCCAAGCAUCUCCGGGAUCUCAAUGUCUUUAUGUUUGUCAUCGGAGUGUCUCAGUACAAUUAUGAUCAGCUGAAGAUCAUCGCUAACCACCCACCAGAAGACUACAUCCUGACCACCGACAGCUUCCAGACUCUGCAGAGUUUAAGAAACACUCUGCUGAAAACCGUGUGCUCCUCCCUGGAGAUCCAGAAAAUAGCUUUGGCCAAUAAAUUUGCAGACAUCUUUCUCCUGAUGGACAGUGCCUUAGGGCCGCGACAGUUCAUCUUUUUCAGGAAUGAGUUGAUCAGAUUUAUCGACCAGAUAGACGCUGGACAGUCAAGCUACCGUGUCGGUUUGGCUCAGUAUCGCCAGGAUGUACAGACUGAGUUCUAUCUCAACGCUCAUAAAACUAAACAACAGUACACAAAAGCAUUGAAAAGCAUCCAACAGCUGCCACAAACUGGCCAAGGACCGAACCUGGGAGCUGCUCUCAAGUACGCAGGUCAAAACUUUUUCCUGCCUGAAAAUGGCGGCCGUGCAAACCAAGGAGCUCAACAGUUUUUGGUUGUUGUUCUUGGAGAAAAGCCUAAGGAACUCUUAUAUUUGGCCGGUCAAGAUGUCAGAUCCCAAGGGGUAUCUGUUGUAGGCAUGAGUUCGGCUGUGCUGGUGGGUGACAUGCUAAGCUUUGCGGACAGUGCCUUUAACACUCUGAGGAUCACUCAGCUGAAGGAUUUCUUCACCACCCAGGAAGUGGAAACAGCCAUUGAAGACUGUCAGAGAGUCAACACUGCAGACGUCGUCUUCAUCAUCGAUGAGUCAGGAGGCAUCGGGAACAACUUCCAGCUCAUCCGGAGCUUUGUGCAGUCACUUAUCGGCAGCCUGAACGUCAAUCAGACGGGAGUCAGAGUGGGAAUUGUUACCUACAAUGAGGCUCCCAAAGUCCACGCUUAUCUCAACAGCUUCCAGGACCGAACAGAAGCUCAGCAGUUCAUCAAGUUGCUCCCUUACCGCGGCGGUGGCUCCAACACUGGAGCUGCUCUGAGGUUCACUCUGGAGUCAGUCUUCAAAGGGAGGGGCAAAAGGAAGGAUGUGCAGAAGGUAGCUAUUGUGGUCACAGACAGUAAAUCCCAGGAUAGCGUGAAGGAAGCGGUGGCAGAGCUACAUCGGUUUCCAGUCAGAGUUUUUGCGAUAGGAGUAAAUGAGAAGACACCAGACCUGUACGACAUGGCAUCUUAUCCCAUCAACAGCCAUGUUUUUGCUGUGGACAAUUUCAUGCAACUAAAACCCUUGAGGAAAAUCAUGCAGAAGAGUAUCUGCAGUGCCAUCAUUCAGGGCUCCGUCAACUCCUUUAAAAACAGCGCCGACACCAAGGAAGCAUGCUAUCAGAAGGAUGAAGCAGACAUCAUCUUCCUCAUUGACGACUCAGACAACAUCGAUUCCUCUGACCUCUCUGACACAAAGAAGUUCAUCACUAACUUUCUUGGAGAAUUUCGUGACAGACUUGAUCAUAUUCGCAUCGGGCUUGUGAAAUACUCCAACUUAGCUCAGUUGAAGUUUGACCGGAUGGCACUCUCAGACGUGAGCAAAGCUCUGAAUGACGUUAAUCAUGAGGGGGGUCGGACCAACACAGGGAGAGCGCUCACAUUCAUGGAAAGAUAUUUCAAGAAGGUACCCUACAGUCAGGGUUCGACGUAUCUGAUCGUCAUCACUGCAGGAGAGUCCGAAGACAGCGUCACACGUCCAGCAGAGAAAAUAAGGGCGCAAGGCGUCAUGGUCUUUGCUGUUGGAGUAAAAAGGUCAAACAAAGCUCAACUGCAGGAGAUCUCUGGUGAUCCAGACAGGACCUUUAAAGUCAGAGAUUACUAUUUCCUUCAGUGGAUCAAAAACGAUAUUCUAAGACCAAUCUGUGGACCAGCAGUUUGUGAGGACGCUCCUAGCGACGUCAUCUUCUUAACCGAGAGCUCAGAGAGAAUCUCUGCAGGAAACUUUAGGAAAAUGAAAGAAUUUAUGAAAUCUGUCGUUACCAAGUCUAUUGUGGGCAUGAAUGACAUGCGUGUGGGUGUCAUGCAAUUCAGCACUAAGACAAAACUAGAGUUUCGUCUGAACCGGUACUUCAGGAAAGAUGAAAUACUGGGAGCCAUCGAUAACAUGGAGCAGCAAAAUGGCGGGGUUGAAACAGGAAAGGCCCUCACUGAAGUUUCACAGUUGUUCAGUGAGACUGAAGGAGGACGUCCUACACUGAGGCAGAACCUGGUGCUGAUCACCUUCAACAAAGCAACCGAUGAAUUCAAAGGUCCAGCAGAGGCUCUGAGGCAAAAAGGAGUGUUAAUCUUUUCAAUCGGAGUGGUGAACAGUAACUACAGCCAGCUGUACGAAAUCAGUAGCUCUUCAGAUAAAGUCAUCAAUGAAGCAAAUGUUGAUCUAAUAAGUGAACUGGACGGCAUGUUGGCCUUGAAGUUCUGCGAUCCACACAGAGAUUGUAAGAAGAUUGAAAAGGCUGAUAUAAUAUUCCUGGUGGACGGCUCAGGAAGCAUAGAAAACCGCUUCGGAAGCAUGCAAGUGUUUAUGGAGUCUGUAGUGAGCCGGAGCAUAGUCAGUAGGGACUCUACCCGUUUUGGAGCCAUUCUUUUCUCCAACGAACCUAAAAUCAAGUUUACUCUGGAAACCUACAACUCCAAAGGAGAAAUUCGUAAUGCUAUAAGAGCUCUGGUGCCGCCAAAAGAUAACACAUACACCAGCGAAGCUUUGGACUAUUCAUUGCAGUUCUUUAACGAGGAACACGGUGGCAGGAGACGUUUCCGCGUUCCUCAGAUUCUCAUGGUGAUCACAGAUGGGGCAGCAACAAACCCUGCUAACCUAGGAAAAAAUUCGGAUGCACUGCGAGCCAAUAACGUUACUGUCUUCAGUAUAGGUGUAGAGAACGCAAACAAGGAUGAGCUGCUGAUCAUGGCGGGAAAUAAUCAAUCCAAUGUCUUCUAUGUGGAUAAAUUUGACCAGCUGGAGACUCUGUACAGACAGAUAUCUGGAGUCGUCUGCAGUAUCACCAAACAUCCUUGUGAACUGAUGGACCUGGUCUUCCUGAUUGAUCGCUCUGGCAGCAUCACCUCCACAAAUCACAAUAUUGUGAAAAACUUCACAGCAGAACUAGUGACCAGGUUGGAAAUCAGUGAUGAACAUACACACGUUGGACUCGGGCAGUUCAGUGCAAAUUUCCUACAUGAGUUUUACCUUAAUAAUUACUACACUAAAAAGGGCAUAGUUGAUCACAUAAACGACAUAACAUAUUCAGGUGGAGAAACCUACCUCGGCAGAGCCCUGACUUCUAUCAAGGAUUAUUUCAGCCCGUUGCGAGGCAGCCGCAUCCAGAGAAAAGUGCCCCAGACUCUGGUGGUGCUUUCGGAUGGUAAUUCUUACGACAAUGUGGAAAAGCCAGCCAAUGAGCUCAGAGCACUUGGCAUUGAUAUAUUUGCUGUAGCAAUUGGAGAUGUUUUUCGAACGCAGCUCCUUCAGAUCACUGGUGAUCCACGAAAAAUUAUCACUGUCGGUGACAUAAACAACCUGCCAAACUUCAAGACCAAGGUGGUUGAUGCCAUCUGCAAGGAGGAGAAGCUUGUUCCCACUAUUGUUCCCUCUCCUCUUCCUGUUAUUUCUACUGUUUCUCCUUUUCCUCCCCCUGCUUGUGAACUGAUGGACCUGGUCUUCCUGAUUGAUCACUCUGGCAGCAUCACCUCCACAAAUCACAAUAUUGUGAAAACCUUCACAGCAGAACUAGUGACCAAGUGGGAAAUCAGUGAUAAACGUACACACGUUGGACUCGGGCAGUUCAGUGCAAAUUUCCUACAUGAGUUUUACCUUAAUAAUUACUACUCUGAAAAGGACAUAGUUGAUCACAUAAACGACAUAACAUAUUCAGGUGGAGAAACCUACCUCGGCAGAGCCCUGACUUCUAUCAAGGAUUAUUUCAGCCCGUUGCGAGGCAGCCGCAUCCAGAGAAAAGUGCCCCAGACUCUGGUGGUGCUUUCGGAUGGUAAUUCUUACGACAAUGUGGAAAAGCCAGCCAAUGAGCUCAGAGCACUUGGCAUUGAUAUAUUUGCUGUAGCAAUUGGAGAUGUUUUUCGAACGCAGCUCCUUCAGAUCACUGGUGAUCCACGAAAAAUUAUCACUGUUGGUGACAUAAACAACCUGCCAAACUUCAAGACCAAGGUGGUUGAUGCCAUCUGCAAGGAGGAGAAGCUUGUUCCCACUAUUGUUCCCUCUCCUCCUCCUGUUAUUUCUACUGUUUCUCCUUUUCCUCCCCCUGCUUGUGAACUGAUGGACCUGGUCUUCCUGAUUGAUCACUCUGGCAGCAUCACCUCCACAAAUCACAAUAUUGUGAAAACCUUCACAGCAGAACUAGUGACCAAGUGGGAAAUCAGUGAUAAACGUACACACGUUGGACUCGGGCAGUUCAGUGCAAAUUUCCUACAUGAGUUUUACCUUAAUAAUUACUACUCUGAAAAGGACAUAGUUGAUCACAUAAACGACAUAACAUAUUCAGGUGGAGAAACCUACCUCGGCAGAGCCCUGACUUCUAUCAAGGAUUAUUUCAGCCCGUUGCGAGGCAGCCGCAUCCAGAGAAAAGUGCCCCAGACUCUGGUGGUGCUUUCGGAUGGUAAUUCUUACGACAAUGUGGAAAAGCCAGCCAAUGAGCUCAGAGCACUUGGCAUUGAUAUAUUUGCUGUAGCAAUUGGAGAUGUUUUUCGAACGCAGCUCCUUCAGAUCACUGGUGAUCCACGAAAAAUUAUCACUGUUGGUGACAUAAACAACCUGCCAAACUUCAAGACCAAGGUGGUUGAUGCCAUCUGCAAGGAGGAGAAGCUUGUUCCCACUAUUGUUCCCUCUCCUCCUCCUGUUAUUUCUACUGUUUCUCCUUUUCCUCCCCCUGCUGAAAAGUGCACCAUCGACAUCGCCGUAGGGUUUGAUAUUUCUGCAGGUUCCAGCAAUGUGCCCCUUUUCAGACUGGUUACGCCCCUCCAGGAAAUCGUCCAUCGCGUUGCUACGGUGAACGACCUGUGUUGCUCGGCUUCUGUCCCGACCCGGAUCUCCUUCAGUAUCGUAGGUGUCGAUGGCCUCUCCUUGUUCGACACAAACUUUGAGGCUUUCAAGGAGGAUGUUCUGAGGAACGUCAUGGACUUUCCGUGGUCCCGGGCCACUUCACUCAACCGUGCCAUGCUCAAAUAUUUCAGGGCCAAGUUUCAGUCCAAGUCCAGAGCCAAGGUCAAGGUGCUGCUAAUUUUCUCUGAUGGACUUGAUGAAGACGUGGCGAUACUGAAGCAGGAAUCUGAGCAGCUAAGAGCCUCUGGAGUCAGCGCCCUGUUCGCCGUGGCCUUGAAGGAUGCGACUGCCGCACAGCUCCAGAUGGUCGAGUUCGGACGGGGAUACUACUACCAGGCUCCUCUGAGAAUCAGAGACCUGAGCAUCAGUAGCACCAUCCUGCAACAGAUGAGCUCUGUAGCGGAUCGGGUUUGCUGCAACGUUUCGUGUAAAUGUUCGGGACCUCCGGGCCCUCGUGGUCCUCCUGGGCAACCUGGAACAAAGGGCUCGCCUGGUCUGAAGGGCCACGGCGGCUAUCCUGGAGACGAAGGCUAUCAUGGCGGGCGAGGGCCUCCGGGUCUGACGGGGACUCAGGGCACCCAGGGAUGUCCGGGAACCAGAGGAUCGAAGGGAUCUCACGGCUUCUCUGGAGACAGGGGUGAAGAUGGAGAAGAUGGACUGAAUGGAGUGGAUGGAGAACAGGGAAAGGAGGGAGGGGAUGGGAUGAAAGGACAGAAAGGAGAUCCUGGAAGCCAGGGAAUCCCAGGGAUCAGAGGCGAGGAAGGACUGAAAGGAGACCGAGGCCUGAGAGGAGAUCCGGGCGAGCCGGGGCGCAACAACAGGGCAUCAGGACCCAAAGGAGAACGUGGCAACCAGGGGGACCCGGGAACGCCUGGACGGCAGGGACGUCCCGGGACGGACGGAGAGGACGGGAACCCAGGUCGGGACGGGAGGCGAGGCGCCAGCGGCUCCACGGGCGCACCUGGAGACAAAGGGAGACGAGGAUCACCAGGUGUGCCUGGAGCUUCAGGUCCAAAGGGACCCAGAGGGGACAGAGGCCCGCAGGGACCCAAAGGGACGCCGGGGUUUCCUGGACGGCAGGGUGACCCGGGACGCGCUGGAGGACCGGGAGACGGCGGACGACUUGGUGCCAACGGACAGAAGGGCCAGCCAGGAGAGCCGGGCCCCCAGGGGGCAGCGGGGCCGCGGGGGCCCCUGGGGCCGCCGGGUGAGGAAGGGCGAGACGGCGCAGGACCCCCAGGAGCCGCAGGGGCAAAGGGGUCUGAUGGUUUCCCUGGUUACCCCGGUCCGUCGGGUCCGAAGGGAGAGAAAGGAACCAAAGGAUUUCCGGGUGGGAGAGGGAGCCGAGGUCGCGAGGGAAACUCGGGCAGAACCGGAGAGCUCGGCGAGCCCGGAGAGCCCGGAUUCCCCGGACGCAGAGGACGGCCAGGUGUUCCUGGAAACGCAGAACAAACUGAGUGCGAGUUGAUCACCUACAUCAGGGACCAGUGUGCUUGUUGCCACGAUCCGCCCCGCUGCCCCGCCGUCCCCACUGAGCUGGUCUUCGCCCUGGACAUGUCUGAGGACGUGACGGGGGUGGACUUCGAGGACCAGCGGCGGGCCGUCCUCUCCCUGCUGCAGGACGUCAACAUGGCGGAGAACAACUGUCCGGCCGGCGCGCGGGUGUCGGUGGUGGCGUUCAGCCGGCACAGCCGCUACCUGAUCCGCCUGCAGGAGCGCCGCAGCAGGACGCGGCUGCUGGAGGCGGUGCAGAACCUGGCCCGGGAGCGCACCGCCGAGCGCCGCCACCUCGGCGCCGCCAUGCGGUUCGUGGGCCGGAACGUCUUCAAGCGGGUCCGGCCCGGGAAGACGACCCGGAAGGUGGCCGUGUUCUUCACCGGCGGCCAGACGCAGGACCCCGACGACGUUCUGACCGCCGUGAUGGAGCUCCGGGCGCAGAACGUCGCUUCCGCCGUCAUCGCUCUGAGGAACGUGCCCAGGAUCAACCGGGCCCUGGAGGCUGACGACUCGGGAAACUCUGUGUUCGCUCUGCUGAGGAGACAGCAGGACCUGGACCGGAUCAGGACGUGUGUCCUCUGCUCCGACCCCUGCAGACGCUCCUCAGAAUGCUCCUUCAUCCUGGACCCGCCGGCCCCCCUGCAGGCCGAACUGGACCUGGCUCUGGUUCUGGACGGCUCCAGGGAGGUCCAGGCGGACCAGUACGCCGGCGCUCAGCUGCUGCUGGCCUCUGUGGUGGAGCAGCUGGCCGUCAGCGCUCAGCCCCGCCGGCCCGGCGCCCAGGCCCGGGUGGCGGCGCUGCAGGGCGACAUGCUGGAGUUUGGCCCGCAGACCUACCAGAACCGGGACGGGAUGAAGACCCACCUGCAGACGGCGCGGCAGCGGAGCGGCUCCUCGGCGCUGGACCUGAUGCUGGACUUGGCCCUGAAGGAGGCGCUGCCGCCGCAGGCCGGCCAGCCGCGCAGGAAGAGGGCGCUGCUGGCCGUGGUGGCGGCUCGGACGGCCCGGCGGGACGGCGCCGCGCUGCGCCGUGCUGCCCUCAGGGCCCGCUGCAACGGCGUGGCCGUGUUCGUGGUGGCGGUGGGCGGACGCUACGACCGAACGCAGGUGGAGGAGCUGGCCGGCCUCCCGGUCCGGCAGCACCUGGUCCAUGUCGGCCGGCUGCAGGCCGAGGAGCGCGGCUACGUCCUGCGCUUCUUCAGGGUCUUCCUGUCCGCCCUCAACAGAGGUUUGAACGUUUAUCCUCCUCCGUCUCUCAGAGAGACCUGCAGCCAGCGGACCGAGGCAGACGACCUGCUGACUGGAGAGACGGCGUUGGCUGAUGACCCCCAGGCUGGAAGGUCAAGUCAGCAGGAAGAGGUCAUCCCUGCUGCGUGGAGAGGUCAAAGUUCAGCCUCAAGAUCAGCAGACGUCUGUCUCCUUGCUAAGAACAGCGGCGGCUGCAGGAAGCCGUCCGUUCUCUGGUACCACGACGCCCGGACCGGCCGCUGCGCCCUCUUCUUGUACAACGGCUGCGGCGGCAACCAGAACCGCUUCCGGACCCGCGAGCGGUGCGAGGAAAUGUGCGUGACGAAGAGCUAAGGUUCCGGUCGGGUUCCGGUCAGGUUCCGGACAGGUUGUGAUCAGGUUCUGGUUGGGUGUUAUCACCAGACCAGAACCACAAGAAGGCGGUUCUGUUUUCACUGCAGCUCCAAACAUUACAGAUUCCAUCCUGUGUAAUAAAAUACUUUAACUAUACCUAAAGUCCACGUUUUAAUGUCUAGAAAAUUUGACCCAAAGAAUUUUUGUUUCUGUUUUCUGGAAUAAUUAUUUUAGCAAUCGAUCAAUUUUUCCUCUUUUUUUUCUUGUGUUUAAAAUUCUGCAGAUUUUCCAUUCAGCUAAACGAUUUUAGCGUUAAAAGAUUAAAUAAGCAACUCGAUUCGUUUUUGAGAAAGAAAAUAAACGUAGUUGUGAAUUUGAGUUGGGUGAAUUUUAAAAAAUGCCAGUAUUGAGUAAAACAUCUUGACACAGUUGUUUUUAUCUUAAAUUUUUAAUGUUUUUAUGUAUUUUGUACGGUUUGUUGGUUUUUUUCAUCAAAUUGCCUCUGUAGAGUCUGUUUGUUAACGAUAAAUCGAUUACUGAGUUGGUAAUAAUCGAUUCAUUGUUUCAGCCAGAGUUGAUUGUUGGACUGUUCAGUUUGUGUUGAUCAUAGUUUGGUUUUAAAAGACGUUUCUUCCAUAUUUCUGAAACAGGAAAUCGAUCUGUUUCAGUUUUUUGUAUCUGAAGCACAUAACGUCCCAAAAGUUUUCAUACCUCUUGAACUUUCCUCCGUUUUGUUUUGAAGCAACCAGAUUCAGCAGGUUUUACAUGAUAACCAACACAACGUAAUGCUAACUGUGAAAUAAUAAAAAAUAAGAACAAAACUCAA